AUGGCAAAUGAGGACCCGGCCACUGCCAGCCACGGCGAGCCCGAUGGUGCUGGUGCUACUGAUGCUCCUACUGCGACUGAUGCUCCUGCUGCGAGUGGUGGUAGUGUUGGUGGUGCUCCCCGUAACCCCAAUUUUGCUGCCUUCGUUCAGACCCCCGCCAGCUACGGCGGCGACGAGAACCUGGCGCGGCUGAUGCAGGACAUGGAGCGGGGCAAGACCGAGGGCGACGUGGACGAGCUGUGCGUGGUGUGCGAGAAGCGCUACAUCAGCUACUGCAACACCUGCAGGGGGGCCCGCUACUGCUCGCGCGCCUGCCAGGUGGCCGACUGGCCCGUUCACAAGAAGCUGUGUGCCGACCUUUCGGGCCCUGCCGCUGAGAGGAACCGCCCGAGCCCGGCCCGCCGCCGCAUCCUCUUCUUUCCAACCUACAGCCCCAAUUCCACCCUCAUCUGGGCCCUCCACCACGAGACGCCCGACAAGCAGUACGAGUGGAUCGAGUAUAACCACCCGGACCUGGACCGCUUCUUCUCUACCCCGGGCGUCUCGGCCGACGAUCCCAGGGCACACACGGUCCUCAAUCUCGUGCACAGUCUGAAAAAUCGCCGCAUCGGCCACAAGCUGACUGCCGUCACCCACAAUGUCGUCCGGCCCACGGGCGACAUUGUGCAGCCCGCGCCGAUUAAUCGGAGCAUCAACGAGCUGACCGAGCCCGGCUACCUGCGUCCCACGUUUGGCCCCGUCGCAUUCUUCGCCGACGCCCGCAUCCCCGGCGACCCGGUCCCCCCCAAGACCCGCGACAUCAGCUCGCGCGACGUGCACAGCAUCGUGCGCCUGAUCGAGCGCCACGACGGCACCUGCAUCGCCACCCCGGCGCUCUACCAUGGCGAGACCGUCUCGGGCCUGCGCAUCAACGACCCCAAGUCCGAGGUCAGCGCCGUCCUCGGCCUCAGGCGCGUCUUCGACAUGACCAGCGUCCCCCUCUGCCCGGCCUUCGCCUCCGACUACGCCAUCGCCCUCGCCUUCCAUCUCGGUCUCCGCUGGUACAUCCGGCCUGGCAACUUCCUCGGCAUCAAGAGCGGCACCACCGUCUGGAGCGACGGCAACCUCCGCUACCUGGGCUUCGUCUGCACCAUCUCUGAGCGGACUGAGACGGCGGCGGCGACGGCGGAAGCGACGAAAACAACGACGACGACGACGACGACGACGGUGGAUACGGUCUUCAACUACGGGCCGUUUGCGUCGAGCGUCAUCGUCCUGCACGGCUCGGGCCGGCCGGUGGACGUGCACCACGUGCUGGCCUUCAACGCCUACCUGGACGAGGUGUACGUGACCAAGGCGGCCGCGUCGCGCGGCGGCUUCGUCCGCUUCUGGGCCGACUUCAAGCAGCGCGGCGGCAGCGCCCUCGCCUCCGUGCCCUCGCCCUACAAGUCGGAGAAGAGGGGCGUCCUCGACCGGCUCGGCUACUACGACCCCGCCUUCGUCAUGGACCAGGUCGCCCUCCACAUCGCCGACGUCUGGACCACCGUCGCCCACACCCUCAACAGCUUCACCUCCCACACCUUUGAGGCCGCCAGACCGCAGCAGCAGCAACACCAGCAGCGUCGCCGCGAGUUUCAGUACUGA